AUGCCUGGGGGUGUCGCGGCGGGGGCGGGCCCUGGGAACCCCGCCGUGCUCGCAGCGGCCCGGCGGGCCACGUGCAAGGUCCGCGGCUUCGCGCGGCGGCCGCUUCCCGCCUCAGUGUGGAGCCGACUGCGGUCUGCUGCAAAUCCUGAGACUCCAAACUCAACUAUCUCCAGGGAGGCUAGCACCCAGUCCUCAUCAUCUACAACCAGCCAAGGCUAUGUUUUACCAGAAGGCAAAAUCAUGCCAAACACCGUUUUUGUUGGUGGAAUUGAUGUUAGGAUGGAUGAAACCGAAAUUAGAAGUUUCUUUGCUAGAUAUGGUUCAGUAAAAGAAGUGAAGAUAAUCACGGACCGAACUGGUGUGUCCAAAGGCUAUGGAUUUGUUUCAUUUUAUAAUGAUGUGGAUGUGCAGAAGAUAGUAGAAUCACAGAUAAAUUUCCAUGGUAAAAAGCUGAAACUGGGCCCUGCAAUCAGGAAACAAAAUUUAUGUGCUUAUCAUGUGCAGCCACGUCCUUUGGUUUUUAAUCCUCCUCCUCCACCACAGUUUCAGAGUGUCUGGAGUAAUCCAAACACUGAAACUUAUAUGCAGCCUCCAACCAUGAUGAAUCCUAUAACUCAGUAUGUUCAGGCAUAUCCUCCUUAUCCAAGUUCACCAGUUCAGGUCAUCACAGGAUAUCAGCUGCCUGUAUAUAACUAUCAGAUGCCACCACAGUGGCCUGCUGGAGAACAACGGAGUUAUGUUAUACCUCCGGCUUAUACAGCUGUUAAUUACCACUGUAAUGAAGUUGAUCCAGGAGCUGAAGUUUUGCCAAAUGAAUGCUCAGUUCAUGAAGCUACUCCAUCUUCUGGAAAUGGCCCACAAAAGAAAUCUGUGGACCGAAGCAUUCAGACAGUGGUAUCUUGUCUGUUUAAUCCAGAGAAUAGACUGAGAAACUCUCUUGUUACCCAAGAUGACUACUUCAAGGAUAAAAGAGUGCAUCACUUUAGAAGAAGCCGGGCAAUGCUUAAAUCUGUUUGAUCCUCUCUACAACUUUCUAGUCUCAAGCAACAUUGCUGGGUUUUGAAUAUUAAGAGGAUGAUAGUUUUUCACUAUUAUAGAAAUAGAAAUUUAAUUCUGAAUUUUGAUAAAUCACACUCAGACUUUAUGUUAUAUUAUUAGAUUGUCUAGUUUUAUCUUAAAUUGAAACUGUUCAUUAGAUGUUUAUUUAGAAACUAGUUUUGUGUUAAAUAUAUAGUUGAAAAUAAGAAAAAUAAUUGAGACUGAAAGGAAUAACUUUAAGAUUAAUCUGCAAGAAUUUUUUAAUUGAAAUUGACAUUUUAAGAGUUUAAAAAGCAAAUACUGAUUUUCAAAAAUUAUUUUUAAAAACCUAUUUUGAAAGGUCAGAAUUUUGAUAGUUUGAAUACAAGCAUUGCACUUCUCCAACAAAUAAUUUUAGGAACAGUAUGAUAUCUGUAGUUUUGUUCUUACUAUUUAUGUUUUGCCUAGAAAUUUACCACAAAAGCAGAAUUUUUAAAACUGCAUUUUUAAUCAG